AUGGAUGGUCCUAAGAUUGCUGACCUGUCUGUUGUCUCCUACAUGGUAGAGCCAGAGUUCAAGCGAGUCGAACGUUUCAUUUUGGGAUUGGCACCCCAAAUUAUGAGCAUGGUGACUACUUCCAAGCCUCCAACGAUUAUUGAAGCCAUUGACUUGAGCGUGGCACUGACCGAAGAAGCGAUCAGAUUGAACAAGUUUUCAAUCUCUGAGGGAAAGAAGAAGGAGACUCACGUCGAGUCAUCGGGAGAGAACAAGAGGAAGUUCUCGAAUUUCAAGAAAGGUACCCAAGGAAACAACAAUAGUGGUAAUAAGAAAAGAGAUGCGAACCCACCAGCCGAUGUCAGGACUGGUGCUGCAAGUUCGGAGAAUAAGGGGAAAGGAUACAUGGGCACCCUGCCUAAGUGUGAUGUGUGCCAGUUUCAUCAUGUCGGCAAGUGUAGGUUUAGGAAAUGUAAAAACUGUGGAAAGAAUGGUCAUUCGAAGGAGACGUGCUGGGCUGGUAAUGGUCAUGGGAAUGGUGGUCAGAGAGGAAAUGGUAAUGGAAAUGAUUGUUCCACAAAAUCUUCAGGUAUCGACCCUUUGCACAACACUCCUUCAUUUUUAAAGCUAAUUGAUGAAGAUUUUCCGAUAUUUUUGGAAAUACCUAAUGAUUUUGCAUCAAUGGUUUGGGGAGACCACCCACCUUACAAAGAUUCAGUUAAGAUUGUUGAUGGUGACAAUAUAUGGUUUGUAAGAGUAAAAAAAACUGAUGUUGGCCAUGUUCUUGCUGAUGGAUUCACCAAAUUGGUUAGGGAUACUUCUGUUAGAAAAGAUGACUACCUUAUGUUUCAGACUUAUGGAACAACCUCAUUUUUUUUAAUGGUCUUUAAAUCAUGUGUUCAUAAAAACAUGUUCAUAUCCAAGAUCAACCCUCACGAAGAUGUUAUUGUAAGUAGUAACAGCUUUUUGAUACCAAAAAAUGUUAUGGUUUAUGAACCGAGUCUGUGCUCCACAGUUGUUUCUGAUGCCAUUACGAACAAUACAGUUGAUGUUCGUCAAUCUGUUUUGCCGCAAAAGAUGAAGGCCCCUAAGAAAUGUAAGUCAGUUAUCAUUCAGUCACAUGAGUCUGUAAUUGCUCAUCGUACCCGUUCAAAGUUUGGAAACAAAAAAGAAGCUGUUGUUGAUAAGGUCACGGCCGCUGAAACCGUACCUGUUUGCCAUAAACGUUCUAAUUUGAAAACGAUGAAAACAGAUUCAUUCAUUGAAUUCACGAAACGUUUACCGUGUGCUGUUUCGGAUGAUUUGUGUCUUUCUGUUGACAACCUGCAUGAAGUUUCGGUAAAAAACCUUAGAUGUGAGAAAAUGGAUAAUAGGUUUAAACAUCAAUAUUCAUCUUCUUCCGAACCUUCCAUGAAUGCCGUUAUUAACGAUUAUUAUACACGUUGGUUAUCUUACGUUAUGAAAGCUCACGAGGCCAGGCAUAGAAGAAAGUUAAGAAAACAAUAUCUUGAUAAUAAGAGAUCAAGAUGUACUACACAAGUUCAUCCUUAUUUUCUCAAAGUUGCCGAGGCAAAAAGAAGGCGUAGGUUAAGAAAACUAUAUCUUGAUAGUAAGAGAUCAAAGUUUAAUCCAAAUUUUAUUCCAUCGAAAGUGGAUUCAACAUCUUCAUCAGCAACACGGAUUAAUUUAAACAACAAAGAAAACAUAACACCUAAUUCUUCAAACAGAAGAUUGCCUACAGAUUGUUCACCAGUUAUUCCUUUAAGAAAUCGUUUAAAUACUUCCCUAAAUGGCCAAACUUCCAGUAUAACACCUACUACUAUUAAGAAGAACGGAAAAGAUGUGUUACACCCUUAUACAACACCCAACCGUACACCGUUGUCAAAUAUAUCUAACAUACUACCAGGAACCGGUAGCAUUUGUUCAAGAAUGCUUACUUCUACAUCUGGGUCGGUUUUAACUUUGAAUGGAAAGACCAAUGUAGUAUUGCAAAAUUCUUCUAAGUUUAUUCGAAGUUCGAACACCGCAAACAAAGAAAACGUAACACCAUCUUCAUGUAUUACAAAUAUACAUUCAGAAAAUCGUAAUCCGUCACAGUUUACUAAUGCUAUGUCUUCUUUGAACCGUAUUUCUCCCGACACUGUUGCAACGUCAUCUACUUUACCACUGACAGAAUGUUAUUCUAUUACUCCGCGGAUUGUGAGUAAACGAAAUGCUACAGCUAUGAAGGCGGAUUUGUCUUCUGUUAAAAGGAUGUCUUCUGGAAGGCGUAAGUUGACGCAUACACCAAUCGAAAUAGAACCCAUACGAAUGGCUGAUCUUGAUUCUGAUGAUGAAAAUGUUGUUCAACAAGAGAUUAAAGAUCUCCGGAAAGGCACAUCUAAAGAUUACCUUGACCAUGGCGACCAAUCUGUUUGUUGUGGGUUAUGCUAUGCAAAGUUGUGGCAAACUGAAGCUGCAAAGGGUCGUAUGACACUUCAAAAGCGAACAUAUGCCUUAUGUUGUGCUUAUGGUAAAGUUGACUUACCUGAUUAUAAAGAAUCUGACCCAUGUUACCAGAUGCUUUUUCGAUCUUUAGAUUCAGAUAGCAAGUUUUUCUUAAAGAAUAUUCGACGUUACAAUUCAAUGUUUUCCUUUACUUCUAUGGGAGGAAAAGUGGAUACUAAGAUAAACAAAGGUAAUGCUCCUUUUGUUUAUAGAAUUAGCGGUCAGAAUGCGCAUAGUAUGGGUAGCCUUCUUCCUAAACCCGGUGACCAACCAAAGUUUUCUCAACUUUAUAUUUACGAUACUGAGAAUGAACUGUCCAAUAGGAAGACCUUAUUUGGGGACUCAACAACUCAGUCAUCUUCCAGAUCAAAAGAGCUUGACGAUAAAUUCAUAAAGUAUCUAACUGACAUGUUAGAUUCAAAAAAUAUGUUGGUAAAAACAUAUCGCAUGGUUAGAAACCAUCUUCAUGAGAAACCCAAUGUUUCUCUUAGGCUUCGGUUGAUUUAUCAAAGAGAUAAAGAUGGCAGGACUUACAAUUUUCCUACAUCAUCCGAAAUUGCUGCUUUAAUUGUUGGCGAUGAAAAUCAAAGUGUGGAACAACGUGAUAUUAUUGUCGAAGAGCAGUCAGGAGUUCUUAAACGUAUUAGCGAGUUACAUCCUUCAUACCUUGCUUUACAAUAUCCAAUUCUUUUUCCUUAUGGUGAUGAUGGAUAUAGGAUUAACAUUCCUCAUAGAGAUUUUGGUCCAAACACAAAGAAGACACGUCCAAAUUGCACAAUGAGAGAGUUCUUUGCUUAUAGGAUGCAGGAUAGGGACACCAAAUUCUCUCUAAUCCUUAAUGCGAGGAGGUUGUAUCAGCAGUUUAUAGUCGAUGCAUACACAAUGAUUGAAAGCGAGCGGCUAAACUACAUAAGAUUUCAGCAAACCAAAUUACGAUGCGAAUCCUUUAACAGCCUAAGAAGUGUUCAGCAAGGUGGCCAGACUGAUCUGUCUCAUACUGGAAAACCUGUGAUAUUACCGUCUUCGUUUACUGGUGGAGCUCGAUAUAUGAUGCAAAAUUACCUUGAUGCUAUGGCUUUAUGUAGGAAGUAUGGGUAUCCUGAUUUUUUCAUAACUAUCACCUGUAAUCCGAAAUGGCCCGAGAUGGUAAGGUUUAUUGGUGACACAUCAGUUAAGCCUGAAGACAGACCCGACAUUCUUUGUAGAUUGUUUAAGAUGAAGCUUGAUGCAUUGAUAAAAGACCUUAAGGAAAAAAAAUUUCUUGGCGAUAUUAAUGCUGUUGUUUACACCGUUGAAUUUCAAAAGCGUGGUCUGCCACAUACUCAUCUAUGUGUUUUUAUGAAAGCUGAUCAUAAGGUUCCAACUGUUGAACAUAUUGAUCCUUUUAUCUCAGCUGAGAUUCCUGAUAAAAAUGAAGACCCUGAAUUAUAUUCUCUGGUCUGUGAGUUCAUGAUUCAUGGUCCAUGUGGACAUGCUAACUUGAAAUGUCCAUGCAUGGUAGGAAACCGUUGUUCUAAGAAUUUUCCAAAGAAGUUUUUGGAGGCUACAUCUGUUGAUUCAGAUGGAUUUCCACUUUAUAGGCGAAGGGACGAUGGUCACACGGUUGUUAAGAAGGGUGUGACAUUGGACAACAGGAGCGUCGUUCCAUACAACAAAAGGCUUCUUAGAAGAUAUCAGGCGCACAUCAAUGUGGAGUGGUGCAAUCAGGCAGGUUCAAUUAAGUAUUUAUUUAAAUACAUUAAUAAAGGACCAGAUAGGGCCACUGUUGUUGUUAUAGAUUCAGACAGAGGGAUUGAUGAGGAGAUACCGAAAGAUGAAAUAAAAGAAUAUUACGAGGCAAGAUAUGUUUCUGCAUGUGAAGCAAGUUGGAGAAUAUUUGCAUGUGAAGUUCACUAUCGGUAUCCAUCUGUUAUGAGGUUACCAUUUCAUCUUCCAGGCCAGCAGAAUGUAGUUUUCAGUGGUGAAGAUGAUAUUGAAAAUGUGCUAAACAAACCUCAGGUCAAUUCAUCUAUUUUUUUGGAGUGGAUGAACAUGAACAAAAAACCUGAAACAACGAAACUUACGUAUGUUGAGUUUCCAUCAAAGUAUGUUUGGAAGUUAAAGGAUCGUUGCUGGCAGCCGCGAAAAAAUUAUGUUGUUGUUGGAAGACUUUAUUCAGUUUCUCCUUCCCUUGGUGAAGCUUAUUACCUUAGAAUUCUUCUAACCAAAGUCAAGGGUCCACGAUCUUUUGAAGAAAUUAGAACCUAUGAUGGUGUUGUUUAUCCUACUUUUAGGGAUGCAUGUUAUGCGCGUGGCCUAUUAGACGAUGACAACGAAUAUAUUGAGUGUAUUAAAGAGGCCAGUUUUACAGGAAAUGGUCAUUAUCUUCGUUCAUUGUUCGGUACACUCCUUUUGUCUAAUACUCUAUCAAGACCAGAAAUUGUUUGGGAAAAGACGUGGGAGUUUUUGUCGGAGGACAUUUUACACAAUAUGCGGAAGGAUUCUGGGUUAAGUGGUUUUGCUGUCUCUGACGAGCGUUUAAAGAAUAUUACGUUGUCUAAAAUUCAAAACUAUCUUAUCCGUAAUGGAUCCAGCUUGCAUAGAUUCUCACCGAUGCCUGUUCCAGAUGAAGAUUCUACAUUAUAUGAGGCUAAUCGUCUAAUAAAUGAGGAGCUUUCUUGGGAUAAGGACGAAGUUAGCGCUGAAUUCAAUAAGCUUCAUAAUUCUUUAAAUGAUGACCAAAGAGCAGUGUAUAACGAGAUUAUGAGAGUUGUUGGACGUGGGAAAGCUGCUUCCAUAAGAUGCAAUGGGCAUAUUGUUGUUAAUGUUGCUUCAAGCGGGAUUGCAUCGCUGUUGUUGUCACGAGGCCGUACCGCCCAUUCAAGAUUUCAUAUUCCGAUUAAUCUUACUGAAGAUUCCGUUUGUCAUAUCAAACCUAAUUCUGAAAUCGCUAAUCUUAUAGACGAAGCGAAGUUGAUUAUUUGGGCCGAAGCACCGAUGGUACACAAACAUGCUUUUGAAGCUCUUGAUCGUACAUUGAAAGAUGUUUUGAGUGUCUCCGAUUCACGUAAUUCUGAACUUCCCUUUGGUGGAAAGACUAUUGUUUUCGGUGGUGACUUUAGGCAAAUCUUACCGGUUAUACAAAACGGCACAAGGCAAGACAUUGUACACGCCUCUUUAUGUUCAUCUUACAUUUGGUCCACUUGCAAGGUUUUAAAAUUGACCCGUAACAUGCGUUUAUCAGUUGGAAGCAGUAGUUCAAACAUUGAUGAGAUAAACGAUUUUGCCAAAUGGCUUCUUGAAAUUGGUGAAGGCAAUAUUGGUGAUGGUAACGAUGGCGAUUCAACUAUAGAAAUACCAAAGGAUCUUUUAAUCACCGAUUCAACUGAUCCAAUUCAAAGCUUGAUUGACUUUGUGUAUCCAUCAGUUCUUAACCGUUUUAAAGAUCGUGACUACUUUUCUGAAAGAGCCAUACUUGCUCCUAAAAAUGAGGUUGUACAUGGUAUCAAUGAUCGUUUGCUUGCAUUAUUUCCCGGUGAAGAAGUAGAGUAUCUUAGCUCAGAUACUCUAUGCCCAACUGAGGAAAUUAAUGAUCCAUUACACCAAGAUCUGUAUAAUCCUGAUGUGUUAAAUAGUUUGAUAGUUUCUGGCUUACCCAAUCAUAGAUUGGUGUUAAAGUUGGGUGUCCCAGUCAUGCUUUUGAGGAACAUUGAUCAGCAGAAUGGGUUAUGCAAUGGUACACGUCUUCAGAUCACGCGUCUUGGAAAACGUGUUAUCGAGGCUGAGAUACUAUCUGGAGGUAAUGUUGGUUCAAGAACUUACAUUCCCAGAAUUAGCAUGAUACCUUCAGACAAGAAAAUACCUUUCAAAUUUCAACGAAGGCAGUUUCCCAUAACCGUCUGUUUUGCCAUGACUAUUAACAAAAGUCAAGGGCAGUCUCUUUCCAGAGUUGGUCUGUACCUAAGAGACCCCGUUUUCUCACAUGGUCAGCUUUAUGUUGCGUUGUCGAGAGUAAAGACAAGAGAUGGCGUGAAGCUUUUAAUAUCUGACAAAGAUGGAAGUCCAACGAAUAAAACUAAAAAUGUUGUUUACAAAGAAAUAUUUGGAAAGUUAUAG